AUGACUGCCCUGUGGCACAGAAUGUACUGGAUCAUCACGGAUGGCACCCAUCAGCUGACGAUCAAAUGUCGGCAGGUGGUGGCCCUGCAGCUGACAGAUAUCACCGUGCCGGAUAUAGUCGACUAUCGAGCCACCGUGACGUUGUCCUGCUCGUACGAUCUGGGUCCCCAUCAGCUGAAUUCCGUCAAGUGGUACAAAGGAAAUCAGGAAUUUUUCAGAUACGCUCCGAUGCUUAGCCCUAAAAUGAAAACCUUUCCGGUGGAAGGUAUCGUCCUGGCGAAUGAGAACCUUUGCAACCAGCACCUGUGCCAGAUUCGGUUGACCAAUUUGGAGCGGCGCUCCGGUGGCGAGUAUCGGUGUGAAAUUUCCGGCGACGCACCGAAAUUCGCUCUCGCCAACGGGAGCCGGAACAUGACGGUCGAAGUGCUGCCCCAGCAUGACCCCAUCAUCAGCGGACUGGCCGCCACGUACUAUCCGGGUGAGGCCAUCGAGGCCAACUGCACCUCGGACAUGUCCAGCUUAGCCACGCGAUUGUACUUUUUCGUCAACGAAAAAGCGGUUCCCAUCGAGUACCUUCAACCGCUGCAGGAGACUACGCUGGAGAGCGAUAGUUUCGUGAUGAGAUACCGCAUCCUGGAAAUGCACCUUCCGGUGGAUCGGUUAUUCCCCAAGGGGGUGGACCGCACCAUCCUGCACAUCAAAUGCAUUGCAGCGAUUGAUGCAGUUCGGACGGCCGGACGUGAAACAACCGCACUGGUUGCUGUGCAAAGCCAUCGCUGGUCCUGGAUUAUCGGUGGAAUGCACAGCGGGACCGGCAGCCCAACACGGUAUUGGCCGUACCAACGCGUAGUACAAUGCCUUCAAGCAAUGGGGAUGAAAUCUCGGGAAAUUUUUGUGAUGAACCCAAGUUGUUGCGAAGCUCUAGAGAUGACAGCAAACUCCAAGAUCGCUGAUCUGAUCGACGCGUCCGGGAAUAGCUCCGUUUAUCCGCUUAUUUCUAUUACACCAAUCAGCGAAGGUGUCCAACUGCGCUUGCAAUCGGUAGCAAUCAGCCAUAGUUUUCACAAAGAGGUAGAUCUUUAG